CUCGUGCAAUCUCUCUAUAUAAACAGGCACACUUCCAUGAAUCUUGAUGACUCAUGAACUUGGCCUAAAAUCUGAAGCAAACCCCAACCCAACCCUCCAUAUCUCCCUCUUAAGGUGGUUGGAACUUGGAAGCUUCUUGGGAGGCCAUUAAUGGCGGUUUUCAUGGUUGUUUUGGUGGCUGUUUUUGGCCUCUGCAUCAUCCUCAGCACCGCUUUAUUAAGAUGGAAUGAACUAAGGUUCAUGAAAAAAGGGCUCCCCCCUGGAACCAUGGGCUGGCCUCUCUUUGGUGAAACCACUGAGUUCCUUAAACAAGGCCCCAUCUUCAUGAAAAACCAGAGAACAAGAUAUGGGAGUUUCUUUAAAUCCCACAUUCUGGGGUGUCCCACAGUGGUUUCCAUGGAUCCAGAGGUAAACAGAUACAUUCUUGUGAAUGAGGGCAAAGGGCUUGUCCCAGGAUACCCUCAAUCCAUGCUUGACAUUCUGGGAAAAUGCAAUAUUGCAGCGGUUCAUGGCGCGGCUCAUAAACACAUGAGAGGGGCAUUGUUGUCCCUCAUCAGCCCUUCCAUGAUCAGAUAUCAGCUCCUCCCUAAAAUCGAUGAGUUCAUGAGAUCCCACGUUAGUACCUGGGACCGCAAAGUUAUCGACAUUCAAGACAAAACCAACAAGAUGGCGUUUCUUUCAUCGUUGAAGCAGAUUGCCGGGAUUGAAUCCGGCGAAAUAGCCGGCGAGUUCAUGCCGGAAUUCUUUAAGCUGGUACUGGGGACUCUCUCGCUGCCCAUAAACCUUCCCAACACGAACUACCGGCGGGGAUUGCAGGCGAGGAAGAACAUCCUCGUACUGCUCCGAAAGCUCAUAGAACAGAGGAGAGUUGCCGGGGAGAAACAGGACGACAUGCUGGGAUUGUUGAUGAAUGAGGAAGAGAACAGAUACAUGCUGAGUGAUGAUGAGAUGAUUGACCUAAUCAUAACGCUUUUGUAUUCUGGGUACGAGACUGUUUCGACGACUUCUAUGAUGGCUGUCAAGUAUCUCAGUGAUCAUCCCAAGGUUCUCGAUGAACUCAGAAAAGAGCAUAUGGCAAUAAGGGAAAAGAAAGCCCCCAAUGAUCCUAUUGACUACAAUGACUUCAAAUCAAUGCGAUUCACACGUGCGGUGAUCUUUGAGACGUCGAGGCUAGCAACCAUAGUGAAUGGAGUGUUGAGGAAAACCACUCAAGAUAUAGAACUAAAUGGCUAUGUCAUACCCAAAGGAUGGAGAAUUUAUGUGUAUACAAGAGAGGUUAAUUAUGACCCCGGACUGUACCCCGAUCCAUAUACUUUCAACCCAUGGAGAUGGCUGGAUAAGAGCCCAGACAACCAAAACCAUUUCUUGAUCUUUGGAGGGGGCACAAGGCAGUGCCCUGGAAAGGAGCUUGGGAUAGCAGAAAUCUCUACAUUCCUUCAUUAUUUUGUAACUAGAUACAGAUGGGAAGAAGUGGGGGGAGAUAAGUUGCUGAAGUUCCCAAGAGUUGAAGCACCAAAUGGACUACACAUCAGGGUGUCAUCCUACUAAACCAUCAAUCAGUCAGAGAAUGUACAUAAAGUAAUUAAAGGACCAGAAAUUGCAGAAAGAAGAACAAAAAAAAAUGUGUAAAAUAGAGGUCCUCUAACACAUAUAGAGAUUAUAUUGUAACCCAUUUUUUGCAGAGAAAUAGAUUUGCUUCUCAUGCUUCAUUUCCAUUUCAAA